AGUCAGCACAUGGAAAUGAACAAAUAUCAGACCCUACCAGGGAAGCUAUCUCGACCUGACAUGAAUGGGGAUCGAGAGCAGUACUUUACACCAGACCAGCUGUCCCCUGACGAUAGUGAGGACAGUGAGUUUAACCUAAGUAAGUCGCAUCUUAAAACACUGCUCCUUGUCGUUUUUAUCAAACAGCCUACUGGAACGUUGCAAACAACAAAUAACAACAAAACCUUCCUUGGUUGUAUAUUAUAAAUCAAUAACUACACUUCUAUGGCUUGUUGUAACAUUUACAUUUACAUUUUAGUCAUUUAGCAGACGCUCUUAUCCAGAGCGACUUACAGUUAGUGAGUGCAUACAUUUUUUUUCCAGUACUGCUCCACUCUUCUCUCACAAUGUGGUUGGUUUGCAUGGGGUGGCUAUCGUCUGCAUUCUCGCUCACUCUGUACUAAUCUUCCUCUUGGUUUGCUGCUGUACUGUUUCUCCUGUCCUCUUUUUUGCUUUGCGUGGCUUUCUGCUUGUGUUAUGGCUGAAGACCGCUGCAGGAGUGCCAGUGCUCCAGCUUUAGGUACCGUACUACUACUCACAGACGGAAGGCCCAUGCAUGUCAAAGCACCAGGCCCCUGUUUUCACUAGGGAUUAAAGUUGUGACUUAAAGUUGAUAACUCCAGCCUGUGCUGGAGGGAGUAAGACCCUCAGUGAGUCAAAGAGAGGUGUCUCAGAUUAUGCCUGGCUCUUUUUUCUCACAUCAGUGAUUGGUGUUGCAGUGCACAAAGCUUACAUUAACCUCAAAAGCAGGGUUACUUAGGCGAUGUCACGUGAGGCGACAGUUGUGUGCACAGGGAUAGACCAUGGCUGAUCUGGCUUAAACAUACACUGUAAACAAAUAUAGAUGCAACUUGACAUCCCAUUCGCCUCAGACCAUAAUUUAAUUUCAGCGUAUUAAACAUGUUUAUUAAAUAUGCAAAAAACGAAUUUGUCUUCAAAGACUUUUAUUGGCAUCCAUUAAGACAACAUUUACAUUUUGUGUGUAAUUUAGCUGAAAAUGCUGGAGCUCACUAACAAUGUUAAUGCUUUCCUGUUUCACUAUUCGCUUGGCUAACCUUUGGCACAGCAGGAUCUUGUGGAAAGCGUGAUCUAUUUGAAAUGGGUGGGUCCUGCAUGGAUAAUACCUCAACUUUAGGCCCUAAAGAAUUGAAGAAAUACAGUGUUUCUUAAGCUUUGCAUGACAUACUUUAAUUAAUAGAACAAUGACUUAAAUGAUGAAAACAGUUUUAAAUAGAUUACAGUACUUACUAAAACUCCAUAUCCUGCUCUUAUAGGAAAGUCGGAGAGACUGGAUGAGUCCACACUGUCGGACUUGUCUCCCCUGUCGUCUGGAAUGGACUCAGGACAGCAGUCCCCUGUCUCUCCAGAGAACAAGAAGAACCACCGAGGCAUCAAGAAGCUCUGGGGGAAGUGAGUAUCUGUACAGCAGACACACACACACGAAGGGCACACUGCUGAAGAUCUCUUUAGAGAUAUUUAUUCAGAGGCUAUUGGUAUAAAUGGAAGAUGAUCUGAUAUUAGUCAUCCUGGGUAGAGGAGGUGGCCUAGCAAAGGUACUGCAUAAUUCUAAGUGAAUGACUAAUGAUGUAUUCUAUCUUCUCUACCCUAGGAUAAGGAAGACCCAGUCUGGCAGCCUGCAGGGAGAGGACCUUGAGCCUGGAGAGUUUAAGAGGGGGGGACUGAGAGCCACCGCCGGCCCUCGCCUGGCCCAAGCCGGAGAGACAUUGACCUCUGUGCAGUAUGGAAUGGACACUAUCAUAAAAUACAUAAAAUACAGUGUAUUAUCUUAAGCAUGUGCAUGUGACCGAGAAUAUACCAAAAAAAGCCAAUGUAUUAAUUAAAUGAGCAGGAAUUAAAAAAUAUUCCAGUCUUGAUGAUCCAAUCAAUUGUCUGUCCUCUCCUGCAGGGAUCUGAAGACGCCCUUCUCCAAGUGGACUCCAGAGCAGGUGUGUUGCUGGCUAGAGGAGUAUGGGCUGGGCCAGUAUGUGAUUCUGGCCCGACACUGGGCCAACAGCGGGCAAACUCUCCUCUCUGCCUCACCACAGGAUUUAGAGAAGGUACACACUGUACAGUCACAAAAAUGACUCUCCUAACAUAUGUUGGUUCCCAGAAUGCUGUUGGCAGGUUCUUUAUAAAUAAGCAAAGGAGAUCCUUCAGGGAACGUUCUGUGUUAGCUGGGUGUUCCUCUAACAACACACUGUAUAAUCCCCAUCAGUAUGGCUGUCAAAGCAAUGUUUAGCUCGUCCCCUCCAAUCAUUCUACCUGUCCAGUCAUUGCAUCGUUCUCAUCACCAUUUAGUUCUACCUGUCUAGUUCUCAAGAUGCCAUUUCGUUCCGUCUUUCACAUCAUCAUGUUGCUCAACCUUUGUUGUUGUUUUCAGCUAGUUUGGAGCUAUGUUUCAGAUGUAGCUUGGGUUUUGCUUUUUUUUUUGCAUUUGACAGGUUCCCGGACCAAAUGUCAUAUCAAUAUAUGUAGGCCGUUCUCAAACUGGCAGGGCAAACUAAUUUGUUUGAAUCUUGAUCACAAUUGUGAAAUAGUGUGCCAAGUGAUGCCAAAUCCAGUUAUUAAAACUGUCAUUUGCAGCACUCAUUUUGGAGUAAGUAUUGUGUUCAUAACCUGGAUUAAUCUUAAUCAUGUAAUCAGGAGAUGGGGAUUAAGAAUCCACUGCACAGAAAGAAGCUGCAGUUGGCCCUCAAGUCGUUCAGCACCAAACUGCCAGAGAAAUCCUCUGAACUGGAUCACAUCUGGGUCACACGUAUGUAGGACACAGUAGAGGCCAUCAACAUAUUCACUCAACAUUCAGCUAAAUUCUGUGUAAUCAAUCCAGUAUAAUUGGUUAUGUGGUUUGUCCUCAAAGGUUGGCUUGAUGACAUUGGUUUACCUCAGUACAAGGAUCAGUUUAACGAGGGAAGGGUGGACGGCAGAAUGCUUCAGUACUUGACAGUGGUAAGUACAUCCAUUGGUUUUCAUCGUAGUCUUACUAGUUUUUGUCUCAGCUACUGUAUAUAAUUCACAAGGCUUUCAGGUCUCCCUCGAAAAAAUUAACAUCUCAAGGGACUUCCUACACUCUUAGAAAAAAGGGUUUGAAAAGGUUUCUUCAACUGUCCCCAUAAGAGAACCCUUUUUGGUUCCAGAUAUAACCCUUUUUGGUUCCAGGUAGAACUAAUUUUGGGUUCCAUGUAGAACCCUCUGGAGAAAGGGUUCAACAUGGAACCCAAUAGGGUUCUACCUGGAACCUUAAAGCGUUCUUCAAAGGGUUAUCCUACGGAGACAACCGAAGAACCCUUUUAGCUUCUAGAUAUCACCUUUUUUUCUAGGAGUGUAGUUAAAUACAAUCCAAAAAAAAGAAACCUGCACAACAUAUUUGAUUGGCUUCCUUCAGAACAACCUCUUGUUCCUGAAAGUGACCAGUCAGCUCCAUCACCUCAGUGUGAAGUGUGCUAUCCACGUCCUCCACGUCAACAAAUUCAACCCCAACUGCCUGAAGAGAAGACCUGGGGAUGAGGUGAGACACGUGUAUGUGCACAUUUGUAGGAGUUUUUCCAUUUACACACGUAUGUAGUUGUGUUUGCUAAUACAUGUGUUAUUUCCUACUAGAACAAGACUUCUCCCUCGGAGGUGGUUCAGUGGUCUAACCACAGGGUGAUGGAGUGGCUUCGCUCGGUGGACCUGGCGGAGUACGCUCCCAACCUGAGAGGCAGCGGGGUGCACGGGGGCCUUAUCGUAAGUACACGGGCCACAUGACUGAAUCAGCACCUUCUUAUACCUUUCUACUGCAUUUCAGCUCAGCUCAGGUUGUUAUCGUGACAAAUAUGUCCAUAAUGGGACACGUAUGGUUACAUACAAUUCCUAAGAGACUCAUUUACAUUUUAGUCAUUUAGCAGACGCUCUUAUCCAGAGCGACUUACAGUUAUUGAGUGCAUACACUAAUCUUUUUUAUUAUUAUUUGUAAUUUUUUUCAUACUGGCCCCCCAUGGGAAUCGAACCCACAACCCUGGCGUUGCAAACGCCAUGCUCUACCAACUGAGCUACAUCCCUGCCGGCCAUUCCCUCCCCUACCCUGGACCAAUUGUGCGCCGCCCCAUGGGUCACCUGGUCACGGCCAGCUAGCACUGCGAUGCAGUGCCUUAGACCACUGCGCCACUCGGGAGACUCUCCCUAAAGAAAAGUUUAUUUUUUAGUGAAUAAUUUCCACUAAUUGAUCUUUUGACCAAUCACAUCAGAUAUUUUCACAACGAGAUCUUUUUUUAAAGCUGAUCUGAUUGUUUAAAAUAAUAAUUAGUGAAAAAAAGAUCAGAAUUGAGCUGCCCGUGUAGACGCAGCCUAUUUUUCCAAUUCAGUCCAUCCCAACUUUCUGUGUAAUCGCCCGUAUGUAGGCAGGUUAGAAUUUUUCCUCAUAAAUCUUGUUCUGGAGGCAGCACUGCAGAGUGGUCACUACCUGGCACAGCCACAAAGUCAUACAAUCUGAUUUUAAACCUAAACCUAACCAUAACCUUAAAGCUGCAAUAUGUAACCUUUUGGGCAACCUGACCAAAUUCACAUAGAAAUGUGAGUUAUAGAUCUGUCAUUCUCAUUGAAAACAAGUCUAAGAAGCGGUAGAUCUGUUCUAUAUGUGCUAUUUCUAUGCUUCCUCUGCUUAAGUUUUCUUUUUGCAUCUUUUAGUUUCGGUUUUGAACACCAGCUUCAAACAGCUGAAAAUACAAUAUUUUUGGUUAUUGAAACGAUAUUUCACAGCGGUUUACAUUGACACCUGUGGUGUAGAGAAUCAUUGUACAAACUCAUUCCACUGAGGGUCGAGUGUCUGCAGGUUUUCGCUCCUCCCUUGUCCUUGAUUGAUGAAUUAAGGUCACUAAUUAGUGAGGAACUCCACACACCUAGUUGUCUCGGGCGUAAUUGAAAGGAAAAAACUAAAACCUGCAGACACUAGGCCCUCCAUGGAAUGAGUUUGACACCCCUGCACUAUACUUGCUUGUUUUGUCACAUAAACUGACAUUAGGCGAACUAUUACAAUUUUAGCAACCAGGAAAUGGGUGCACUAUUUCUGCAUAGUGCAUCUUUAAAUGAAGACCAAAAGGCACAUUUUUGUUUUCAUGAAUUUUUACAGUACAGCCAAUUUUGACUUUGCAGCUGGCCCAUCUAGCGGAAAUUCUGCCUCCACGGCAAGAUUCAUGACAAUAAACGUCAACCAACCUGCGGUGGAAAUUCUAAUCAAGUGAGAGACACUUUGUCAUUUCCUCAAACAAUCAAUCUUUAUUUGAUAUCGAUUCAUUAUUGCAAUAAUGGAGCUGGUCAACGACCACCCGUUAGGUGAUCGUUGAGAGGCCAAUAAACAGGAAAUGCUGACGUCUUAUAUAGUGGACCUAAAAAUGCUUAGUCAUGGCUGGUUCCACCCCUCCCCGGCAGCUCAGGGCAUCAUAAGCUACCUUGUUUUCUUCUUGUGGCUAUGUAUAUCGGGUCAUAGCACACAAACAAAUGAUAACGUUAGUUCCGUUACUCCUCUGUUCAAGCCAGCCUCUGUCCACCUCAUAUCUCCACACAGCUGUGCCCUUGAAAGAUAUGAGAAGAAACAGGACGGGCUGAGACACUGUGGGCACUCUCAGAGGGUCUUUGUCUUGACCGUGUGACUAAGUUGAACAGAGUCAGAGUGGAAAAAUACCAGCUCCUUCUUACAAGACCUUCAAACAGACAGUUGGAAAUGUACAGGUUUAAGGCUCAUACAGCGCAUGUGCAUAACAAAAGUUGUAAUUUUGCCACGACAAUAUUCCUCUUAAUCUUCUCUAAUGACCCCCCAGAUUCUAGAGCCUCGUUUUAACUCAGACACCCUGGCCAUGCUGCUGAACAUCCCCCCUCAGAAGACCCUGCUGCGACGCCACCUGGCCACAAACUUCAACAUGCUGGUGGGCUCCCUGGCUCAGCAGGAGAAGAGGGAGUUCAUGGAGUCGUCGGGCUACGCUCCCCUCAGCACCACAGCCAAAGUCAGGGUAAGAGAUGACAGCACUGUACUGUAGUAAGCCCAGGGCUGAACCACCACCCUGUUAGCAGACCUUGUUUUUGUUCUUUCUUUGUCCCUCUCCCUCCUCUCUCCUUCUCCUCUUUCCUUACUCUCUAAUCCUCCUCUCUCCUCUUUCUCUCUCUCUCGUUCUUUUCCUCUCCCUAUCCCCCUCCCUUUCCCCUCUCUUUCAGGUGACAGACACCUCUCUCUUUCCCCUCCCACUCUCUUUCCCUCUCCCCUCUACUCUCUCUCUCUCUUUAGUGUGACACCUCAGACCUGGCUAAGCUCUAAGACCAGGGCUUUUCCACCUAGCAGCUUUUUGUGCAGCAGGCUUUUGUAGCGCCACGUAUCUCUAGCACACACCUUUUUGCUAAGGCUAGUAGAAAAUGUGCUGAGGAAAAAUGUAGCGAUAGCAUAAUGUACUUAGUCAGCACGAUUAGGCUUAUAGGAACCAUUUAUAGCAGCACAGUCCAUUUGUACGCUGUUUAGAAAAUGUUUAGAAAAUGAUGGUUAAAGGGAUAGAAUAGAUAUGAUACACAGCUUUAUCUCAGUCUGUUCAUAAAGCAUGUGCUCCCGUUCAGCCAAAGAAGUUGGGCUUCUCAAACUUCGGCCACCUGAGGAAGAAGAGGUGUGACGACUCGACUGACUACAUCUGCCCCCUGGAGGCGGCCCAGGCCCAGGCUCAGCUCCAGGCGGUGGUGAACGGGGCCCACCGGCCCUACUCUGGCUUCAGGGGCCUCAGCCCCAUCCUGGACAGAGACCCAGACAGACGAGAGCAGGUGGGGCCAUACAGCUGA